AUGCCGCCCAAGUCCGCUUUACCGGACACGGUCUAUGCCAUCUCGUCGUUCAUCUGGGACGAUGACGAUAAUAUAGAGGGUCUGCAACCAACCGAGGUCUACAAGACCUUAGCAGCCGCCAAUACUGCGGCAAAGAAGAUGAUGGCUCGCUAUGCUGAAAUGCUAAACCCAUAUGGCACCAUCGACGAGUAUAACUUCCACCACGAUGAGAAUGAUGAGGGACUGUACCAUGGACACAUGGACGGUGGUCCCCAUGGCCAUGUAGCCACAAGGAUCAGGGUCUGCAAGACCACUCUAAACGCUGGCGGUGAUACCCAGCCAGCGAAAGGGAAGAGAGCUAUCAAGUCUGAUCCCGACGAGGAAGCACCAAGACCAAGCAAGAAGAGAGCUGCAGCACCCUCAAAUACUGCCGUCAAACACGCCAAAACAGGCCGCAAAGUCAUCCCGCAGGGCCAGCCUGAUUGUCUCGCCGGCCUAAAGCUCCUCUUCACGGGUACCUUCGACAAUAUGGACAGAAAAACUUCGGUCGCGACGGCGAUGAAGUACGGAGCCGAGGUUAUCAGCAAGCUCGAGGACACUGAUUACAUCGUGAUUGGGACCCGCGCUGGUCCUAACAAGCUGAGGGAGAUCAACGAGAAGGAGUUGGAGACUAUCAGCGAGGAAGAAUUCUUCCAGAUCCUCGAGAAUGGAAUUCCGCAGGAGAAGAAGGGCCGGAUGGAGAAUCGCAGGUUGGCCGACCGCAAUGAGAGCCCCGAGGAGGAUGAUGAAGAGGAGGAGGAGGAGGAGGAGGAGAAGCCGAAGAAGCCCAAAAGGAGGGCCCCGGUCAAGCGCGGUGCUAAGUGA